GGGAGCUGAGGGAGGCGCCGCCAUCUUGGGGGGGACAUCUGGAAGGAGUUAACAGAAAAUGUAAGAGGUUUUGACAAGUUUCAGGAAUAUUUGAAGACUGCAGACACUUUGGAGCACUUCCACAGGCCGUUUCCAAGAAGCGUGAAGACAUUGCUGCCUACAGUUAUUUAAUGACAAGGAUUAAAAAUUGGGAAGAACUUACUUCUAGUUGAAUCUCUGAAAAUGGGUGGCACUGCUCUUGUUCUUUAUCUCAUUUUGCAAUUAAUUCAAGAGUCAAAAGCAUCCGUUGGGAAUUGCAUUCCCAGAAAAACAGUAAAAUACCAAACUGGAAAUAUCACCACCUUUAGGGAAGAAGCCUUAGCCAAUAUUUCCACUCUGCUUGUGAACGAAGAAACCAAUACCCUGUUUGUUGGAGGCAGAGAUGUGGUGUUUGCUCUUGACUUGAAUAAUAUUUCUAGAGAAAUAGCCAGGGAAUCCUGGUUUGCUACACAGGAAAGGCAGCUGGAAUGUAUUCGUAGAGGAAAGGACAAGAUAAGAUGCCAGAACUACAUCCUCUGCCUCCAUAAGAUAAAUGCCUCUUACUUGUAUGUCUGUGGAACCAACGCCUAUCACCCAACUUGUGAUUACAUGGUUAUCCAUGGGACAAACAUCAGCUUGCAAGGAAGAGCUGAGGAGAGCAGAGGAAAGUGUCCCUUUGAACCAACUCAGAAGUAUGCGUCUGUUUUUGUAGCUGGGGAAUUUUACUCAGCUACUUCAAAUAAUUUCUUGGGAACAGAACCUAUAAUACUUCGCAGCAUGAGAAAUCCUGUAAGGACAGAGUUUAAAACAUCAUGGCUAAAUGAACCAAGCUUUGUCAGCAUGGAAAUAGUGCAGGAAAGUGAAUCUAAUCCAAAUGGAGAUGAUGAUAAAAUUUAUGUCGUCUUCACCGAAACAGCUGUUGAAUUUGAAUUCUAUGACAAGCUGCUGGUGUCCAGAAUUGCCCGCGUCUGCAGAGGAGAUCUUGGUGGAAAACGUGUCUUGCAGAGAAGAUGGACGUCGUUUCUAAAGUCCCGCCUUUCCUGUUCCAUUCCAGAAUUAAACUUCCAUUUCAAUAUUGUCCAGGACAUCUUUUUACUUAGGAAAAGGAGGUGGCAGGACAGCAUAUUUUAUGGAAUUUUUUCCCAGCAAUGGGGAAGAUUAGACAUAUCAGCUGUUUGUGCCUACAGUAUGAAAACUAUUCAGGAAGUCUUCUCCAAAGGAAGCUACAAAGGACCAGUAACUGUACAACAUUCCCCUGUUAAGUGGAUGGUUUACAGGGGAGAAGUGCCAGUUCCACGUCCUGGUGCUUGUAUAGAUAACUCUGCCCGGAGCAUGGGGUAUAACACAUCUACUGACUUGCCUGACAAAGUCCUGCAGUUUGUUAGAGAUCACCCUCUAAUGGAUGAUUCUGUAAAUCCAAUUGGUGACAGCCCAGUGCUGCUGAGGAGAGGCUCAAACUACACCAGGAUCGUGGUAGACAGAGUCACCGGCCUCGAUCGACAAACGUACGAUGUGAUGUUUCUGGGAACAGAUGAUGGAUACCUGCAUAAAGCUCUCAAUUGUGAUGGGGAAAUGUUCAUUGUGGAAGAGCUGCAGCUGUUUCUGGCUCCGGAGCCUGUCCAGUCUCUCCAGUUGUCUUCUGAAAAGGGAAUGCUCUACGGAGGGUCCCACUCUCAAGUGGUGCAGCUUCCAGUGUGCCAGUGCCACCGCUACAGGUACUGCACGGAUUGCAUCCUGGCGAGGGAUCCCUACUGCGCCUGGGCUCCGGCUGCUCACGGAUGUGUCUCCCUGGCAGAGCAAACUGCUCGUCCAAUGCAUUUAAUUCAAAGUGUGAAAGCCGGGGAUGCCUCCAGCUGCCUUAGUGGAGAGAACAGUGUGAGGAAAAUUCCCUUUACCCUUGGAAACAAUGUUCAUCUUAAAUGUGCUCCCCUGUCGAAUCUGGCAAGCGUAGUGUGGAAGUUUAAUGGGAGCAGGAUUCAGGCUGAGGCCUCGAAAUAUCUCCUCUAUGAUGGAGGAAUGGCAAUACUCAACGUGACAGCAGACGUGGCCGGGUUCUAUGAUUGCCUGUCAGUAGAGAAAUCCAAAGGGAAAGAGUUCCCUGUCACGGUGGCCCGCUAUGCCCUUUAUGCUCAAGAAAAGCCAGAAAAAGCAAAUAUUGUUGCCACAGCAAAUAAGCACAAGGAAGCAGAAGCUGUGGGGUUUCAGUCUUCAGUACCAGCUCCUUCACUGAAGCAGGCAGCAAAGCAGGAAUCUGCGGACAGAGAGAGAGAGAAGCUAAUUUUAAAACUCCUGGGGGCUGGGUUUGCUCUUCUCGUCUUUAUCUUGUUGGUUUUGAGCUUCCACAAGAGUCAUUUAUCUCUUCCUUGGAAGAGCAGAGAAACCAGCCCAAACCCCACCGGUAGAGCUGGCUCGGGAAGCCCAGCACUGGCUGCAGAGGGGCUGUGAAGGGAAGAGCUCAGACACACAAACGGGCAGGCCGUGAAUGCCUGCUCGGGAGCUGGCUGUGAGGAGCACAGCGCCAGCACACAGCUUCACCCAGAGCUCUGGGAGCUUGUGGCCCACAGAGCUCUUUGGCGAAGGUGACACGAUGUUCCCUGUUAAGGAAUGUGGAAUAUCAGAGGCAGAAAGUCCGAGCUGAAGACAAGCUGUGUUGCGUAUUACAUAGAUGUGUUCGCAGUUACUGCUUUUAAAAGCAAGUUGCCUUGUUUGGGUACCUUUUUGACAUGAUAGAACCAUAAGAAUAAAUUUCUGUCAAAAAUUGAUCCUGAUC